AUGGGUGAGAUCAAGGCAAAGAGAGUAGACCCUGUGCGCAACACUGGGCUGGAGCGCCCAGCCCAGCCCGCGCCGGAUCCUCGCCCCAAAAGACUCCGACCCCCGACCUCCACCCCCAACACCCCCGUCCCCGGAGACCCCCGACCCCGGAGACCCCCGACCCCAGCGACCACCGGCCCCAGAGACCCUCACCUCCAGAGACCACCGGCCCCAGAGACCCUCACCUCCAGAGACCACCGGCCCCAGAGACUCUCACCCCUAGAGACCCCCGCCCCAGAGACCCUCAUCCUCAGAGACUCUUACCCCCAGAGACCCUCAGACCCCCGCCCCCAGCGACCCCCGGCCCCAGAGACCCUCAUCCCCCAGAGACCCCCGCCCCCGGCGACCCCCGGCCCCAGAGACCCUCACCCCCAGAGACCCUCAUCCUCAGAGACUCUUACCCCCAGUGACCCCCACCCCCAGCGACCCCCAGCCCUAGAGACCCUCACCACCCAGAGCCCCCCGCCCCCGGUGACCCCGCCCCCAGCAACCCCCGGCCCCAGAGACCCUCACCCUCAGAGACCUCCAUCCCCGGAGACCCCCGCCCCGGACCAUAGACCCCUGCCCCCAGAGACCCUCACCCCCAGAUACCCCCGCCCCCAUAGACCCCUGCCCCCAGAGACCCUCACCCCCAGAUACCCCCGCCCCCGGAGGACCCCGCCCCCAGCGACCCCCGGCCCCAGAGACCCUCACCCCCGGAGACCCCCGCUCCCGGAGACCCCCGCCCCCAGCGACCCCCGGCCGCCCCCCGGCCGCCCCUCGGCCGCCAUGGACGAGGCGGAGGGGUCCGGAGGCGGGUCCGGGGGCGGGUCCGGGCUGGGGCCGGGGGCGCCUGGGACCCCCGAGCCGGGCAGCAGCCGGACCCAAAGCGGCAGUAGCAGCAGCGGCGGCAGCGGUGGCCCCGGUGGCAGCGGCAGCGCCGAGGAACAGGCUGCCCACACAAGUUUCACAAAGAUCCCUAGAGCCUUGACUACAUUUCGAAGAGAAUCAUCGGACUCCAUCAUGUCUCAAAGCGGGACAGACUCCCAUCCUGAGGAACCUUUGGCAAUGCAAGUGUCGAUUCAGACAGAAACCAGUUGGCUUUUGGACAAGUUCAAUAAAAACCAAUUGGCCCAGAAAACGAUUGGGAUGAUCAAGAAAAAGAGCACCAAGAGUUUUGUUUCUUCAAUCAAAAGGAAAUGGUCAACCUCCACCCAGGAUAAGACCUUGGACAUUCUAUGCGACAUGGAGUUCAAGGAAGACUAUCUGAGGUUGUUGGAGCCCUCCCUCCGAACGAUUGCCAGCGUUGGACCACCAACCAUUCUGGCCUUCAAGCCAGAACUUCUCCAGGACAGACUUCUGCAGAUGGCAGAGGAGAGUCCAGCAGUGUGUGAAUUCUGUGGUUCCAAUCUGCAGCCAUUCCCGUCUGCCGAGAACCUGGGUGCCAACACCAGAGAAAUGCCUUUCUGUUGCGACAACUUCCGGGAGCUGUACGAGUUCUUGCUUCAAGAAAAAAAGCUCCUCUCGAGAGAUCAACUGGAUUUAAUCUCCAUCAAACCCCACGCGGCCCACUGGAGUGAGGCUGAUAGGCAACGAGCAAAGGAAAGGGCCAUGCAGAGGCAACAGGAGAGACAGAUGGCCAGACAUGCGGCAAGCAUAGCAAUGGAACAGUCCAGCUAUACAGACCUAUCUCGACAGUUGAAAACUAUUUCCUAUCAGAUGUCCAAGGAGCCGCCGGGGGAAUGGACAGUGAAACCUAAGGAGGUGAUCAAGCCUGAGGAGGAGCAAAUGAGCUUUUUUAUCACCUGCUGUGACUUCACCACCACAGGCGGGAAGAUGGUAGCAAAUCAGUUCUUGGAAAAGCACUACAAGCAAGGGGGCAAGUUCCUGACCAUGUUCCCAGAUGGCUCCGCCCAACUGUUCUAUCCGUCGGGAAAUCUGGCCGUCCUCGUCACUGCCAGCCAGGUGAAAGGUUUUCUGUGUAUAGUACGGGAAGACAAGCAAUGCGGCGCAGAAAUCCAAGCUGUGUUUGAUUCUUGUGGGAAAGGAACCUGCUACCACCCAAAUGGGAAUGUCUGGAUCAACUUCAGCAUUUUGGGAGGGCAGUGUUCAGAUGCAGCCGGCAACAGAGUGAGGAUGUGGAAGUGGUCGAGUACUCUGACUUCUCGUCCCACUGUUCCCUUUAAGCCCAUCUUUCUGUCACUGAGUCAGUACAUUGGUGUCCGGAUCAUAGAUCAGGAUAAAAUCUCAGUCACUUUUCUGGCCCUGGGCCAGCAGGCCAGAUUCAGUGUGGGAGCCAAAGUGCAGAUCAGGUGUGUGGACCAGAUCCCCUCCUUCAGGCUCCUGAGCCAAGAUGACUUCCUGCUACUGGCCCACUGGAUAAGGAUCCAGUACCUGCUCGACAAACUGCAAGGCUGCCGGGACUUCCCCUCCAGCCAGCUCUGGGACAAGAUGAAACCGCCAUCUUACCUGGCAUCCCAUGCUCUAAAACUGCUUUGCCUCUGCCAAAAUUCUGAGCUAGCUGAUGAUGCAGUUGAGACCGUACGGGAACUAAUAAAGGAACCGAUUUGAUUAGGGCCUUGUGUCUUUGCCAUGCUGCUUUAACAGGCUCCAGCCUGGAUUUACCUUUUCUUUCCCCUUCCCGCCAGCAAGGAGCCCAUGUUGGCUGGAGAGUGGCCAUCAGGAGUGGCCCUCGUGGGCCCCGGACAUUGUGGUGCAUGUGAUGUCACUUGCCCUAUAGCGGGCAUGCAAUGUUAUCUAAAGAUAUCAAUGGCACCAUUUUACAGCUGAAGUCCUAAGUCCACCCAAAUGUGAAGCAUUUUCCCGGGAGAACCCCUGACCCACCUAGCGAUUCCUGCUCAGGUCCUCUGAAUAUAGCUACCACUUCUGAGUCAUGGAAAUCGAUGGCAGAAUCUGGGGCCCUAUCUGUGCCAGACAGGGGAUGGACCUGCUGAAAACCAGACCAUCCAGUAGCAACCUGGACAAGUGGCCAUCAUUGUCUAAUGGGAAAGGCUGGCGUUUUAUAGUUUCGAUUUACAUUAAACUUUUUGAAAUGA